AUGAGAGUUUCAAGAUCCUCCCUCCUUUGCCUCUUAUCUCUGCUAACCCUUUUGGCCGGUGGCAUUGAAAGUGCAUCGGGAAGCGUGCAGCCAAGCCACUACGCUACACCAUUCAAUAGGAGUCUUUUUCCUUCUGGUUUUGUGUUUGGAAUAGGCUCUUCUGCUUACCAGGCCGAAGGAGCAGCAAAUGUAGAUGGCAGGGGACCAAGCAUAUGGGACACUUUCACUAAACAACGUCCUGACAAGAUUUGGGAUCAUAGCAAUGGUAAUGUAGCAGCUGAUUUUUAUCAUCGCUACAAGAGUGACAUAAAGGUGGUGAAAGAAAUUGGGCUAGAUUCAUUCAGAUUCUCCAUCUCAUGGUCAAGGAUAUUCCCUAAGGGCAAGGGAGAAGUCAAUACCUUAGGUGUUCAAUUCUACAACAAUCUCAUUAAUGAGAUCCUAUCAAAUGGUUUGAUACCUUUUGCCACCCUCUUUCACUGGGACCUCCCACAAGCUCUUGAAGAUGAAUAUGGAGGAUUUCUUAGUCCUAAAAUAGUAGGGGAUUUUGGUGACUAUGCUGAGUUCUGCUUCAAGACCUUCGGUGACCGAGUGAAGCAUUGGGUCACUCUAAAUGAACCCUAUUCCUUUAGCAUCAAUGGCUACCAUAGUGGCACAUUUGCACCAGGUCGAUGUUCUAACUACGUUGGAAAUUGCACUGCCGGUGACUCAGCCACUGAACCUUACAUUGUUGCCCACCACUUAAUACUUGCUCAUGGAGCAGCAGCAACGUUGUACAAGAAGAAAUACCAGGCUCAUCAAAAAGGACAACUUGGAAUCACCUUAGUGACUCACUUCUUCGAACCAAAAUCUAAUAAUGUUGCUGAUCGCGAGGCUGCAAGUCGAGCUUUAGACUUUUUUUUCGGAUGGUUUGCUCAUCCCAUUACAUACGGUGACUAUCCUCAGAGUAUGAGAUCUUUAGUGGGUUAUAGACUCCCCAAGUUCACAAAAGCUCAAUCUGAAAAUCUCAAAGGUUCCUAUGAUUUUCUUGGUGUGAAUUACUACACCACAUAUUUCGCAGAAAAUGCUGCUCCAACAAGCACCAACAAGACCUAUCAAACAGAUAUGCAAGCCACUCUUAGUCCGGUGAGGAAUGGCCUAGCAAUUGGCACACCGACUGCUCUGAACUGGCUCUUUGUCUAUCCAAAGGGAAUUCAUCAGCUUAUGACAUACGUAAAGGAUAACUUCAACAAUCCACCAAUGUACAUAACAGAAAAUGGCAUUGCUGAAGCAAGGAAUGACUCAAUUUCAAUCAAUGAAGCCCGCAAGGACAGUAUAAGGAUUAAGUACCAUGAUGGCCAUCUCAAAUCCCUUCUUGAAGCGAUCAAAGAUGGUGUUAACUUGAAGGGUUACUAUGCAUGGUCAUUUUCCGAUAGCUUUGAAUGGGAUGCUGGUUACACAGUUCGAUUUGGUCUAAUAUAUGUGGAUUACAAGGACAAUUUGAGAAGAUAUCCCAAGUACUCUGCUUUUUGGCUCCAAAAGUUCCUCCUCAAGUGA